UCACCGCCCCUGGCUCCGCGCGGUGCACUCUGGGCCUGCCCCGCCAUGUUCCGCUGUGCCGCGAUGCCGGGAGCGUUGUUCGGCUGCUAUCGUCACUAGAGACCGAGGCUGUGUGAAGAGAGGGAGGGCCAACUGCGGGGGAGGCAUCGCACAGUGCGAGAGAGCGAACUGAGAGGCUCGGCGGGGACCGAGGCCGCCACUCGGAGCGGCGCCAUGGCGGCUCGGGACAGGAAGCUGCCGACCGCUGAGCGGGUGGUGAAGUCUGUCCCCUUUCCACCAACCAAUCAUUUGACAUUUGAGGAGAUCUUCAAUGUUGAUGGCAAACCCAAGGUGGACGUUUUGAAAAAUCAUUUAAUUAAAGAAGGUCGUGUGGAUGAAGAAAUUGCACUUAGAAUUAUUAAUGAGGGAGCUGCAAUUCUGAGGAGAGAAAAGACAAUGAUUGAAGUUGAAGCACCAAUAACAGUAUGUGGGGAUAUUCAUGGUCAGUUCUUUGACCUGAUGAAGCUAUUUGAAGUGGGAGGGUCACCAGCCAGCACCAGAUACCUCUUCCUUGGCGAUUAUGUGGACCGAGGAUAUUUCAGCAUAGAGUGUGUUCUCUAUUUGUGGACUCUCAAGAUUCUAUACCCAAGUACUUUAUUCCUUUUACGAGGGAAUCACGAAUGCAGACAUCUCACAGAAUAUUUCACAUUUAAACAAGAAUGUAAAAUCAAAUAUUCUGAAAGAGUGUAUGAUGCCUGCAUGGACGCUUUUGACUGCCUUCCUCUUGCUGCACUUCUGAACCAGCAAUUUCUUUGUGUUCAUGGGGGGCUUUCACCAGAAAUUCAUAGUUUAGAAGAUAUUAGAAGAUUAGAUAGGUUUAAGGAGCCACCUGCUUUUGGGCCAAUGUGUGACUUGUUGUGGUCAGAUCCUUCAGAGGAUUUUGGAAAUGAAAAAACUCAAGAUCACUUCAGUCAUAAUACAGUGCGGGGAUGCUCCUACUUCUACAGCUACCCAGCUGUUUGUGAAUUUCUUCAAAAUAAUAAUUUGCUAUCAAUUAUUCGUGCUCAUGAAGCCCAGGAUGCAGGCUACAGAAUGUACAGGAAAAGCCAAACCACUGGGUUCCCAUCGUUAAUUACAAUUUUUUCUGCACCAAACUAUUUAGAUGUCUAUAACAAUAAAGCUGCUGUAUUGAAAUAUGAAAACAAUGUGAUGAAUAUUCGACAGUUCAACUGUUCUCCUCAUCCCUACUGGUUGCCUAACUUCAUGGACGUCUUUACGUGGUCGCUGCCAUUUGUCGGGGAAAAAGUAACAGAGAUGCUGGUAAACGUCCUCAACAUCUGCUCUGACGAUGAGCUCAUGUCUGAGGGAGACGAUGCAUUUGACGGCACAGCAGCAGCUCGGAAGGAGAUCAUUAGGAACAAGAUUCGGGCAAUUGGUAAAAUGGCCAGAGUAUUCUCAGUGCUCAGAGAGGAAAGUGAGAGUGUGUUGACACUGAAGGGAUUAACACCAACUGGGAUGCUACCGAGUGGCGUGUUGGCAGGAGGACGACAGACUCUACAAAGUGCCACAGUUGAGGCAAUUGAGGCUGAUGAAGCAAUCAGAGGAUUCUCGCCACAGCACAAAAUCUGCAGUUUUGAAGAAGCGAAAGGCCUGGACAGGAUUAAUGAGCGAAUGCCUCCAAGGAAAGACACUCCUCAGCAAGAUGGCAUCAAUUCAGUUAACACGACAAAUACCAAUGAGAACAAUGGAACUGGCAACAGCAACAUACAGUGACCAUGUCCCCAUCACACACUCGCAUUGCCUAAGAUAUCCCUGAAUCACAGCUUCUGAAGUGGCCAAGGCCAGUAUCUAUGUGUUUUUGAACAGCUGAACAAAUUUGAUGAACUUUAAAUGAUCAGAUAUGGUAAAGACAUCCUGCUUUUGAAAGAAGGGCCUGUGGUAGAUGAAGACUCAUGUGCAUGCAGCAUAUAAUCAAGACUCCUGGACCCUUGGAAAGUCAGUACUGGUUUCACUAAAUCACAUCUAGAAUAGCAUCUCACACCCAUCAACUUCAACACUUAAGUUUACAAGCAGAAUCUUUCUUGAAUAGCUUUAGUUGCUUUCAAUCAGAAUUUGGACAGAAACCCUAAGUAAUGCUGAAGAGCUGACUAUUUAUUGAUGAACAUUGUUUCAUAAUGUCUACUAAAGACAAGUUUUUAAAUUGUAGAAUGGUCUUAAAAAAAUAACUCUGAGGCUGUAAAAAGGUGUAUUUUAAAUUUGUAAAAUGCCAAAAUGAAUCUAUUGGGUGGCAGGGCCUUGGUAACAUGCUGACCUCAGGUUGAUUCCUUCCAGCAGACAUUAUUGAUCCUGUGUUAUACUUGCUGCAUUGUAGUGUGUAGGAACGUUUCUUGCUUUAAAAGAAACCAAAGCUAUUUAAGCCAGAAAGUCGAUAGUCCUUACAGUCCCAGCACCUGUCAAGUUGACUUUUCAGGCCCCUUUUUAAGUUUUAUCAUGCAUUUUAAAUUAAUAGCCCACACACAAUAUGAAUUGAAAGGUACUUUUAAUUGAAUUUUGUACAUUAUGGAAAGACAUUUGAAUCAUAUCAAAUCUGUAAAGCUUAGCUGUGUAAUUUGUGUAUGCAUGUUUUUCAUUUUUGCAGAUAUUUAAUAUAUAGACAUUUAAUGUACAGGACAGUAAUCUAUAAGAUUACAUAAAUGUAAUGGAUACUUUUUAGUGCAUUGUGAGUAUUCGACUGGCUUCUACUGUGCCGACCCCGGAGUCUGGAAGAGCUUCAGGCAUUUUAAUAUGUUUCUGUUUAUGCGAUGCAAGCUAUGGCCCAGUUUAAAAAACAGGAUUGUGGUGACAGUCUCAAAUCAAGGUUGCAUGUUCAAUUUUUAUAAGAUUGCUUUGUUUAAAUACAUCAUGUCAAAGGUAGUGUUGUGUUCAAUUAACUAAUGAUUGUCACCCUUUACCUGGUUGCAUUUUUAUACAUUUACUACCUGGUUAAUUUCUUGUUUUCCCCCCAUCAAACACAAUUUUAAACAUAAGGCACAAACAAAAUCAUCUCCCUUUUUUUUGUUUGCCAUCAGCACAUGUACAUAACUCUCAGCUGGAACGUGUAUGUCUACUCUAAAAUAUUUAAAUAUUUUAUAGGAUGGUACACAAUAAAUGUUGUGUAUGGGCCACUGCUUUUAUUGGAUGGUGUGGAUUUAUUCCUGUCUGGAGAAUUAUACAGUACCCUUACAGCCGUUAUGGAAGACAUAAGUAGAGGUUGUUCUUAAAUCAACUCCAACUGGAUGCAUUUAGUGUUCAGCCAACUUUUAGGUUUUUGGGUUAAUUAACUAAUCCUUACUUUCAAUAUUUUAAAUUUAAUGGUUUUACAUUUAAUUUUAACAGUUUUAAUGUAACAUAUUCAAAUACAUGUGAAAAUGAUCAACCUUGGCUCAGAGUUGUACAACACAGAAACAGGCUCUUCGGCUCACCACAUGUAUGCCAGGCUUUUUACCCAUUUAUACUAAUCCCAUUUGGCCACACUAAGAAUGUAUCCUUCUAUUCCUUGCCUAUGGAAAUGUUGAUUAAAUGCCUCUUAAGUGAUUAUACCCUGAUACCAUUUCCUCUUUUGGUAGCAAGCUCCAGAUAUCAACAGCUCUCUGUGUGGGGGUGGGGGUGCUGGUCCCAGAGGGAGGAUUUCUGUCACAGUGUAGGAUGAUGGGGAUGAAGUCUAACUCCAUUUUCAGUGUUGUGCUGGAUGUGCUGCACUGUCAGCUGUUCUAUCUGCAGGCAAAAGAUCUACAGGGAAACACUCUUAGAACAGCAGUGUCAUUUUCUGAAGAUUUAGCAAUGUUUAUCCUUUAAUCAACUAAACUUUAUUGCCCUGUUAUGAACACAUUUUUGUUUGUGGGUUCUUCUGUGCCAAUUUGCUGCCAUGAUUCCUAGGUUUCUGUAGUGACGAUGUUGGCUAUAAAGUGCAUUAGAUCAUCCUGGGAUAUUGCAGGAUGCUAUGUAAAUGCAUACGGUGUGAGGGCAUAAAUAGGGUAGAUAGAGGGGAACUACCUCAUGGCAAAGUUGUCAGAAAUAAGAAGGGAAAGGUUUAAGGUAAGGGGUUGGUGGGGUUCUGAGGAAGAGCUUAAUCAGGAGAGUGUUUGAAAUUUGGAACACUGCCUGAACACUGCACCGGUGGAGGCAGAGACUCUCACAACAUUUUGAAAAUAUCCAGACAAGCACUUGAAUCACCAAGGCAAAGAAGAACACAGACCAACUGUUUGUAAGUAGGAAUAAUAUAAGUAGUUGAUGGUCAACAUGGGCUUGGUAGGCAGAAUGACCUGUUUCUAAGAUGAGGGACUCUGAAUAAGCAAUCUUCUUUGGGCAAAUGGCUUAAUUUUCCUAUCCUUUAGAUUUUUUUGAAUAGUGAAAUUAUCCCAAGAUCGAUAUGGCAGGACACAGUCCCCCAUCAGUGCACCAGACCCCCAGGGCCUGCACCAUUUACUUCAUACACCUAUGUCGCUUAUCAGUACAGCUCCAGGAUCUGCUCCGUUUCCCCCCCUACAUCUGUGUCCCCGAAGGUUUCAUUCCCUGGGUCUGGUCUGUUUAGCAUGUACAUAUAUCUCAGUACCAGUGCAGCCCAGGGUCUGCUCCAUUUUCCCUGUACACCUCUGUUCCCACCAGUACAGCCCAAGAGUCUAAUUCUGUAUUAAACAACAGUCCAAACAACUCCCCCUUCACUGUAACCCUAUUCACCAGAUUGAACAUUCACGCUGUGGAAUAUUUUCUGUUUGGUCCUAUGCAGGUCCCACUUCUUGUGUCUUUUAUUGUCAUGCACAAUGAGAAACAUUUCAUCAGCUUCGAACAGUAAAUCUCCUAUUCAACCAUUCAGAAAUCCUGAUUGUUUGGCAUUUGAUUUGCUCCAGAAUCUUGGCAUUUUCCACUCACUGGCUCUCAGUCCCACCCUCCCCCUUCACUCCUUGCCUCCUACGUCUCACCCUCCCCAUGCACUCUCAGGUCUGGUUCCCACCCUCCUUAUUCAUUCACUCAGAUCCUGAUUCCCACCCACCCUAUUCACUCACUGGCCCCCACUUCAACACCCCCCUCGGUUCAAUUUCCCACACUGACUUGAAGCAUACCAGGUUCACAAAUGAUACUGUGUAACAUUUUAAAAAAAUAAUUAAUAGAUGUUAAGCUAUUAAAUGAAUACAUUGUAUAGUCCAGAAAAUCUGCUAGUCCAGGACCAUCAAAGACCCAAGUGUGCAAGACUGAUGGAGUUUUACUGUAUCUAAAACCUUACUGUAGGAAAUGAUGGCCGGGGGUACCCACUGACAUUGGUUUCUUUACCCUGCCAGUCUUGGUGGUAUCCUUCCAUUGACGCGAAGGCUGGGUGUCAGGUCUUUAGGAGAGCAGGGAUCACUGCUAUCCAGUAAACCAUGAGCUCACUGUCUUGAUCUUUAAACACUCUUCCUCAGAUGGCUAAAGAAGUACUCAAGGUUAUAGUGGAUUUCAUCAUCGUCUGCUUUUGUUGCGAGGUGUCUGGGAGUAAUCCACAUUUUUUGUCUGAAAAUGGUGCUAUAGAACAAGGAUAGUUUUGUGGAGAACUUUCAUGUUGUAGAUACUGAAUACAAUUCCAUCUUUACAUGUGGUUUGUCUGAUGUCAUGGUAUGGGCUGUCAACUGAAGCCCAGCUCCCUUUCAACUCUUCAAAUGAAUCUCCCUCUGCUAAUCCUCUUGGGCAGUGAAUUCAUUUUGUAAAACAUCUUUCUGCAUAGAUGUUUGGUUUGUUUGCCAAUCACUUUCAUGAUAAUCUGAUAUGAAAACAGAAUGCUGGAAACCUUGCCUUUAUCUCAAUAAAAAUCUGUAGAAAUAGAAAUGGAGUUAAUUUCAGACCAAAAUCUCAUCAUUAAAACUGAGAAAAUAGGUUUAUAAUUGUAGAGAGGGUGUUGGAGGGAUGGAUGAGACAAAUAUCACUUAACAUCCCACCAACAUCCACAUUCAACAGAUUAUCCUUCACAAUUUCUACUGACUUUGUUGAGAUUCCACCUCUAAAGACACCUCCCCUGUUCUCCCAGUAUUGUGAAAGUACUGUUCUCUUUGUGACUCCUUGGUCUAAUCUCAUCUCUACCAGUCAAUCACCUUCUCAUAGUUCUUUCCCAGAUCAUUGCAGAAGAUACAAUACCUGCUAUUUCAUCUCAUCCCUUCCACCAGCCAGGAAUCCACACACUCUUCAGGUCAAGCAGAGUUACUUGUUAAGUUUAUUGUAUUUGCUGCUGUCAAUCUGCUUACCCCAUACACUAGAAAAAUCCAAUAUGUAUGGAUGAUCACCUUGCAGCCAGCAGGCCUGACCCUAAACAUCAUUUUGCCUCCCCUUCCAACUUCUAGUCUCGUCAAUCUGUCUGUUGCUUUCUGCAACUGAAGUCUGAAGAAGCAGUGUGUCAUCUUCCUUCUGACCACAUUGCUAUUGUGAGAAUAUUAAACGCCAUAGUUUCAAGUAAUUUGGAUGUCCUUGAAUCAGAAUUGGCAUUUUCCACUAAGUAAUUUUUCCAUCUAUAAUAUUAACUGUGUUCUAUUCUCUCUCCACAAACAAUAUCUGAUCUAUUGGCUAUUUCCUACAUUCUGCUGGUUUCAGGCUUUAACAUCUCUGACCUAUAUUUCACAGCUUUACCAUAUUCUCUGACCAUAUUUGUUAAUCCAUCAGUCAGCUCUGGAAACAGUGGAACCACCAUGGUCUCAUACUGUCAUAAAUAUUCCUCUUGUCCUUCCCCACUUAAAAAUCAAAUUGUUUUAUCAGAUUUCCACUUCAGGGAAAGGGUGUUCUGCUUGCAAUUUUAACUAUUUCUGGAGAUGUUUGAAAUACUUUUUCUGGACUACUGAUAUUUCCAAAUUGGUUUGGACACUAAACUAUAGGACUGCAAAUGUGGUCCGAUUAUUCAGAAGUAGCUAGGAUAAGGCAGGAAGUUCCAGACUUAAGGUGGGAUUUAUGGGCAGCUGGAGAAUGAGAGUAUAGCUGAGUCGUGAAAGUAGGGUUCACUGAAGAAGUCAAAUCGUGUAGAUGUACUUAAGAAAUCCUGGAUAAACAUGAGAAAAAAGGGAACAAGGUUAUAUUGAGAGUGAAGUUUGAGGAAGGUGGGGGAUCAGGGUUUGUGUGGGGUCAACACUUAGGGUGUUUCUGUGUUAGGUACUCAGUGUAAUCCUCUGGAAGAUUUCAAUGUGGACAAAGAGGAAGGGAAGCAAAAUUCGAGAAUGUUAUAUUUUUAUUUCUGUAAUUAUUGGCAAAAUACUCCAAGAAACAACUUAAGGGAAACCAUGGAAAUUCUUCAAGUGCUUCUCAUUACUGCACCAUUUACAAUGAUUCCACUGUUUUUUUUAACCAAUGUGAUUUUUUUUCUAAACAAACAUGCAUAAUUGUCACUGUCAAAGUUAGUACAUAAUUAUAACAAUUCAAUAAACUUGGACAAUGAUAAACUGAGAUGAUACGUUGUACAUAUUUAAUGAGCUGCAAGUUUAGGCUGCUGAAAGCUUCAGGAAUGUGGGCUUAAUUUCCUAACAUUGACACUUCUACCACAGACCGAAUCAGCUCUCAGUGAAGCUCUACCCUCACCAAGCAUCCACAUGAUUGCCAGUGGAAAUGAUCCUGAGCUCCAAUGUCAUUUCCUGGGCUGGGGGUGGGGGGGUGGGGUGGUGUUACAGCUUUCUUCAUGGUGAACAAGACAGCCCAGCAGAGAGUCUGCUGUUGUACUUGGCUUUUCCAGCACUUUGCACAAGAACAGAAGAGCUUGUUCUCUUUGUCAGUGAGUAGUGUUUGCUGAUUACAGCAGGCUUUGUAGCUGAGUUUCUUUCAUAAUCUUUACUACCUGGGACAGAGCUCAGGGCCCUGCACAGAAUAUCCACUUUGGGUCACGGAGACUUUUUGUUGCAGUUGUCCGAGCCCAGAGCUGUUGGCCAGGUGUAGGGAGGGGUAUGGCAACAGUGUGAGGGCCAAUCUGUGAGAUUUUAUUACCUGAUCACUGCUCAGGCUGUGGUGAUCACAAAUCAAAUAAAUGGAAGAAUUAAAACUAAAAUGAGGACCAGAAACUUCACAAGUGACCUAUGGAAAUUUAUAAAUAUUAAUCAGUUUAAAGAAAAAUAUUAAUUCAUGGCAAAUUUGUUAAGCAGGACUAACAAAUGAGCUCACUUCACUGAAAUACAGUUGCAAUCACAACCGAAGUGCAGAGACAUGGUUAAUUGUUCUUAUAUUCUACACUACAAAUAUAUAUAAAAAUAAUUUGCAUUUGUUUCGCAAGGCACAAAGCAGGCACUGAAUAUAUGGUAGGUUAAUUUUAGCAAGGAAAUAUAUGGCUUUGGAUAUAAUUCAUCAGAUCACCCUACUUGAGGUGAUCAGGUUGCAGAAAGUGUGUGGAGCAAAAGCAGUGGGCUGAAUACCUUUGGAUUGGUACCAGAUUGUUUCUCAGAGAAUCUGAUAAAACAUGAGCAGUUCCCUCUCAUGCAUAAUCUCAGCGGAUGGUUUGGGUGAAAGGAACCUUUUGACCCAAGGAGUUCACUUUCUCCCAGACCACUGAGCUCACACUCUACUCACUUUAGAGGGAAGACACACACUUGUCAAGCAUUAACUAUUUCAGGGAGAAAAGCUGCAACCUUUCAACAUUUACAUUUUCGGGACACACAGGCUUCAAAACAAUUAUGCAGUGACUUUAAACAAAAAUACAA